GCAGCUCACUCGACUCAGAUUACGAUGGCAUCAGUAGUGUCCUGACACCGGGAAGCAGGAAAGCAAUCUCCCGGAAGAAAGGCUCGGGCCCAGGGGACUCUUACAUCGGAACCCGCCAAGGAAUUGUUAUUUUGUGUCCUGCUAGUGGGGUCCGGUCCAACUUGAAGUUGCGUGAAGGCCCCUUCAGGCGGCGCCGCGGGCAGCCCCGCAGCCGGGGCCUGGAGCAGCCGCCGCGGCCGCUGUCAGGGAAGCGCAGGCGGCCAAUGGAACCCGGGAGCGGCCGCUGCUGCUGAGGCGGCGGUGUCGGCAGUCCGACCCCGACCGCCUGCACCCCCUCCGCGAGGGUUCCCCGGAGCUUGGAAGCUCGAAGUCUGGCUGUAGCCAUGGGAGACAUGGUAGUGGAGCCUGCCACCCUGAAGCCAACUUCUGAGCCUACUCCUAGCCCAUCAGGGAAUAAUGGGGGCUCCCUACUAAGCGUCAUCACGGAGGGGGUCGGGGAACUGUCAGUGAUUGACCCUGAGGUGGCCCAGAAGGCCUGCCAGGAGGUACUGGAGAAAGUCAAGCUUUUGCAUGGAGGUGUAGCCAUCUCUAGCAAAGGCACCCCGCUGGAGUUGGUUAAUGGGGAUGGUGUGGACAAUGAAAUCCGUUGCCUAGAUGAUCCACCUGCCCAGAUCAGGGAGGAAGAAGAUGAGAUGGGGGCUGGUGUGGCCUCUGGCACAGCCAAAGGAGCAAGACGACGACGACAGAACAACUCAGCCAAACAGUCUUGGCUCCUGAGGCUGUUUGAGUCAAAACUAUUUGACAUCUCUAUGGCUAUUUCAUACUUGUAUAACUCCAAGGAGCCUGGAGUGCAAGCCUACAUUGGCAACCGGCUCUUCUACUUUCGCAAUGAGGAUGUGGACUUCUAUUUGCCCCAGUUGCUUAACAUGUAUAUCCACAUGGAUGAGGAUGUGGGCGAUGCCAUUAAGCCCUACAUAGUCCACCGCUGUCGCCAGAGCAUCAACUUUUCCCUCCAGUGUGCCCUGUUGCUUGGGGCCUACUCUUCAGACAUGCACAUUUCCACUCAGCGACACUCGCGAGGGACCAAGUUACGGAAGCUAAUCCUCUCAGAUGAGCUGAAGCCAGCUCACCGAAAGAGGGAGCUGCCGACAUUAAGCCCAGCCCCUGACACAGGGCUGUCUCCCUCUAAAAGGACUCACCAGCGUUCUAAGUCAGAUGCUACGGCCAGCAUAAGUCUCAGCAGCAACCUGAAACGAACAGCCAGCAACCCUAAAGUGGAGAAUGAGGAUGAGGAGCUCUCCUCCAGCACCGAGAGUAUUGAUAAUUCAUUCAGUUCCCCUGUCCGGCUGGCCCCUGAGCGAGAAUUCAUCAAGUCUUUGAUGGCAAUCGGCAAACGGCUGGCCACGCUCCCCACUAAAGAGCAAAAAACACAAAGGCUGAUCUCAGAGCUUUCCCUGCUCAACCAUAAGCUCCCUGCCCGAGUCUGGCUGCCCACGGCUGGCUUUGACCACCACGUGGUCCGUGUGCCCCACACACAAGCUGUUGUUCUCAAUUCCAAGGAUAAGGCUCCCUACCUGAUCUACGUGGAAGUUCUCGAAUGUGAAAACUUUGACACAACUAGUGUUCCUGCCCGGAUUCCUGAAAACCGAAUUCGGAGUACACGGUCUGUAGAGAACCUGCCUGAAUGUGGUAUCACUCAUGAGCAGCGAGCUGGCAGCUUCAGCACUGUGCCCAAUUAUGACAAUGAUGAUGAAGCCUGGUCAGUGGAUGAUAUAGGCGAGCUGCAAGUGGAGCUCCCUGAAGUGCACACCAACAGCUGUGACAACAUCUCCCAGUUCUCGGUGGACAGCAUCACCAGCCAGGAGAGCAAGGAGCCUGUGUUCAUUGCAGCAGGGGACAUCCGACGGCGCCUUUCAGAACAGCUGGCUCAUACUCCUACAGCCUUCAAACGAGACCCUGAAGACCCUUCUGCAGUUGCCCUCAAAGAGCCCUGGCAGGAGAAAGUGCGGAGGAUCAGAGAAGGUUCCCCGUAUGGCCAUCUUCCCAAUUGGCGACUCCUUUCAGUCAUUGUCAAGUGUGGAGAUGACCUUCGCCAGGAGCUGCUGGCUUUCCAGGUGUUGAAACAACUGCAGUCCAUUUGGGAACAGGAGCGAGUGCCUCUUUGGAUCAAGCCAUAUAAGAUUCUUGUGAUUUCAGCUGACAGUGGCAUGAUUGAACCAGUAGUCAACGCUGUGUCCAUCCACCAGGUGAAGAAACAGUCACAGCUCUCCUUGCUCGAUUACUUCCUACAGGAACAUGGCAGUUAUACCACUGAGGCAUUCCUCAGUGCCCAGCGCAAUUUUGUGCAAAGCUGUGCUGGCUACUGCUUGGUCUGCUACCUAUUGCAAGUCAAGGACAGGCACAACGGGAACAUCCUUCUGGACGCAGAAGGUCACAUCAUCCACAUCGACUUUGGCUUCAUCCUUUCCAGCUCACCCCGAAACCUGGGCUUCGAGACAUCAGCCUUUAAGCUGACCACAGAAUUUGUGGAUGUAAUGGGUGGCCUGAACGGUGAUAUGUUCAACUACUACAAGAUGCUCAUGCUGCAAGGGCUGAUUGCUGCUCGGAAGCACAUGGACAAGGUGGUACAGAUUGUGGAGAUCAUGCAGCAAGGUUCUCAGCUUCCUUGCUUCCAUGGCUCCAGCACCAUUCGCAACCUCAAAGAGAGGUUCCACAUGAGCAUGACUGAGGAGCAGCUGCAGCUGCUGGUGGAGCAGAUGGUGGACGGCAGCAUGAGGUCCAUCACCACCAAACUCUACGAUGGCUUCCAGUACCUCACCAAUGGCAUCAUGUGACACCAUUUUCAGGCCUAGAAGUGGUGGGACUGAAGGCAUCCUCCUUAGAAGGACCCUUGCCUAAGAAAACCCAAAUCACAAAACCCCACCUACCUAACCACCUACCCAAGGGAAAUGGAAGGCAAGAAAUACAAAGGAUCAUGUGGUAACCAUGAGAGCUUGCCAGAGGGUAGGAGAGCCAACCUUGGGGUCCAGACUUGCUGGGGCUUCCCCACCUCUUGCUGUGUCAGUAUUACCACCUGACAGAUCCCAGGACUCACUGCCCUCCAGAGAACAGAGGUGAUGAACAUGAGGAGGACUGGAGUCUUCUUCCCCUCAGGGGUCUCAGAGGUUUUCUACAAACCAUCUUUUAUUUUCCCUGGGUCCCAGUAAACUGGGAGGAGUAGGUUCUUGGUACUUAGGACUUAAUCCUAUGUUUGGCCAUGCUGCUGCCUAACUCAGUCCCCUCCUGGGGGCUGACCCCUGGCCCACAUUCCCGACAAGUGGGUCCUGCACUUGCUGAGGUCCCCAUCAUGGGGGUAAGGAAGGGAGAACUGACAAAACCCUCUGAUGUAUUGAGGGUACUGGCUUAGCCAUGGGGAAAUUUCUUACCCUGAUCCUUUCCUCACAUCCAGGGAAACAGCUUUUUUUUUUUUUUUUUUUUUUUUUUAAUUUUUGUUUGAAAUAAAAUCCUUAGUUAGCCAUCUGUCUUGUUGCUUCUGGGGGAGGAGUGCUUGGAAAGGGUUAAGUCCAGCAUACAAAAGGCACCAAACACACAAGAUGAAGGAAGAUUGCUUUUUCCAUCUGUCUUCGUCAAUACUGCCUCUUCCCUGAGAAGGGCUUCCCCAGUUCUGACUCGCCCCUCCCUAUGAGUACACAUUAUCCAACUCACAUAAAAAGAAAAGCCUGAAUGGGGAUUAAACCACAAGCAGUUUUAAUGGUCUGGUUUUCUCCCUCCUGUUUCUCCCACUGUUAGUAUUACUACUACUACAAGAAUAAAGGAUUCCUGAGAGCCUGU